AAAGAAUACUACAAUCGAACUCUCAAGAAAAAGGACAAUUAUCAAUCCUUUUGUGCAAUUUUCAGUGGAGUCAAUUUUUCUCAAGCAAAAGAAAGUAAGCUCUAGAACAUGGUCGAUUCUCUGCAAUUUCUUAUACAUGUAAACCAUUUGUAGGUACCCAUUUGACAACGCCAGCAACUGAAACUGGAAAGUACUAGAUAAUGAUGCAAAGAUAAUAUAUGUAUAUAUCAAUUCAUUGAAUUUGAUCAUUCCUUCCAAAUUUCAAAGCACAAAACUUUAAUUCCUCUUUAGCAAGUGUAAUAGAAGCAGUUGAAGAAGAUGGUUUUGGCCAUUCGCUUUUCCACAAAGCUUUGAAGUAUGUCGAACAUUCUUCUCUAUUUCCUUACUGUUCCUAAGCACAUGACUUUCAAAGCCAACAUGCGGCUGCAGAUUACUUUCCAUUUCUGUCAUAAACAAUUCCACGUUCCUUUGUUAUGUUCUUUUACAUUAUUUAUCCCUAACCAUAAUCACAUCCCUGUCAGCAAGCUCACUUUAUGAUAUAUGCACCUGACCCAACAAGAAAAGCUGAUGGCUUCGUAAAUGACUGUCUGAGAUUUAGUUUGGUCUCAAACCACGUGAGAGUAUGGGCACAAUGCUUUUAGUUGCUGAUGAUAUCAAUUUCUUCAAUGAUGAGUCAAUCACUCAAAAACAAGAUAAAGGGAUAUAACUAUAUACAGAGAAUGGUCCCCUUUUUUUCCCUUGAGAAAAAGAAACAAAGAUUCUGCUGAUUCUGUUGUCUCCCACAUCACAUGUUGGCACAUGUCCAAUCACCUUGCCUAAUGCUUACUGUUGAAGGGUGUACGUGAAUCUUAAACGCCAUGCAAGUGCCAUCUUGAAAUUCCACAAAAAGUCUUAAACAAUAUUUUAGCAUUGAGAUUUCAUGAAUUUAGUUCGACCUUGACCUGUGUUAGACAAAGGAAUAUGUUAAUUAAGCGUAUCUGUUAACUGCAAUAGAUGGUAUAAAUCAGGUAGUUCAAUCGAUAAACUUCAUCAUCUCUUUACUUUUUCCUCACAAGAGAAUAUGCCAUCAGAAAGUUCAAAUGCCAACUCAUAAAGCUCUGGUGACACAUCCUCACAUGAGGUGUGUAUUCAUCAUUUACUUUUUCUUGCUUGAUUUCCAAACAUGUUUCCAAAACAGUGCAGUUAUAGAUUGGUUUGUGUGAUAACAUUUGGCAACAUGCUAUAAGCAGGAAUGCUUUUAUUUCCUUACUUGGAUCAAUCACCAUGGAACCUUGCUCUUGAAGCCAAACAAUCCAUGCAUCAAAAUAUUGUCUUGAAUAACUUUCCCUUCAAGUUGUCAUGCCAAUGCCUUUACAUCUAUCAAUUGGUGAUCAAAGGUUGAGUCAUCCCCCCAAAGGUGAGAUUCACCUCCUAGUUUUCAUCUCCUUAAAUACCUCUUCAGAAUAAGAGGGCACCAUCAACCCAAGUGAAAAUAUCUUCCUUACAAAUCUACCAGAGCUUCUAUCACCCUGGUUUCUCUGAUACAGCAGAAACUGCUAUCACCUAGGAGACUGUUAGGCCAAAUCUGGUAACACUAAUCACCAAACAUGCAGACCUCACUUCUUCAUAACCUAGUUGUUGGAACUCCAGCCAUCUCAGCAACUUAUGAUCAAAUUCAAAAGCCGGUUAACAGAUACUUGCCUGGUCCUGCCACUCAAUGCCAACGUUCAACCAAAACAUCAAAACAAAUGAGAUUGAGGACAGAUAUAUCAAAAACUGUUAUGAGAAAGUUAAGCCUAGGGGCUCGCAUUCUUCGAGUGGGGGGAGUGGAAAACGUGUAUAAGCAGUUUUUUAGUGUGAGAGAAGGAGAAAGGCUUUUGAAAGCUUCAGAGUGUUAUCUGUCCACCACUUCUGGUCCUUUAGCAGGUUUUCUUUUCAUAUCCACAGACAAAGUUGCAUUCUGUAGUGAGAGAUCAAUGAAAGUUUUCACUCAAACAGGCCAUAUGUUGAGGAUCCGUUAUAAGGUUGCCAUUCCACUGAAGAAGAUAAAGUGUGUGAAUCAAAGUAAAAAUGUUCAGAAGCCAACCCAGAAGUACAUAGAGAUUGUCACGGAAGACAACUUUGAUUUCUGGUUUAUGGGUGUCUUAAAAUACCAGAAAACCUUCAAAUAUCUUGAGCAGGCCCUUUCACAAGCUUAGUGAGCUGAGUGAGUAGCAAAAUCCACUUUUCAAAGUCGAAGAUUCAUGUUAAGAGGACAAACAGACACAAAAGAUGAAAGCUACUAGAAUUUGAAUGCUGUCAUUGAAAAUGUCGUGGUUUGGUAAAAGGGAUUUCAGUUCAUUGUAAAUAAGGAAUGGAUGUGGUUCAUGAGAUGAAGACUUGGAUGCCAACAAAUCUCAUUGUGAAUCCAAGAAUUCAACAUCAUUUGUUGCGGAAGGGACAAACUUUUCGUAUAGUGAAGGAAAAACAGAGAAAUUUGAGGCUCAAUUACACAUUGAUUUAUAAGCUUUUAGUCAAAUUUAUGUAUAACUAUUCAGGAGUUUAACGAUUAUGUACAGUGAUUGUAAAAAAUCUUACAUUGUCAACCAACGAAUUAAUUCUAUUAGUAUAACUU